AACAAAAAUGGAAAAGAAAACGCACAAAAGGAACAUUUUUGAAUCAAAACCAAAUACUCAGCCAAAAAAGCAGCCCCCACCUCAGCACUCACCCAUCAUUCCUAUCAAGAAAGAGCUCUCUCUCUCUCUUCUCUCUCUCUCUCUCUCAACAAACCACAAUCACAUCCUCACCAUUCCCACAAAACAAAUGCAUUCCUUCACUCUUGUCAUUACUCUUUUAAAACCCUUGUCAAAUUAGUGUAAAUUUUUGGCUAAUUUUCUUAUUCUAUGAGUUGGGCCUAAUCUUGAUGAUGGGUUUUUUUGUUGCUUUUUGUGUUGAGUAGUAAGUAGGACUUGUUUGGUUGUUCUUGGUUUUUGUAAAAUGGGGAAUUGCUGGUGUAGAAGGAAAUCUUCAGUAUACAGAGUCUCCUCCAACACAAAGUCUGAGUCUCCGAAAGAUCAGAGCCCAUCAGUGAAAGCAAGGAAGGAUGAUAGUAAGCUACCAUCAAAUCCUGAAGAAGUAGAACACCUGCGUCGUAGUUGGGCUACAAAUCACUUGAUUGUGUUCACAUUCGAUGAACUAAAGAUGAUUACCGGAAAUUUUAGGCAAGAUCGCUUGUUGGGUGGAGGAGGAUUCGGAAGUGUUUACAAAGGGUUCAUCAAUAAUGAUUUAAAGGAGCGGCUUCAGCCCAUUCCUGUAGCUGUUAAGGUUCACGAUGGCGUUAACAGUUAUCAAGGUCAUAGAGAAUGGCUGGCUGAAGUGAUAUUUCUGGGGCAACUUUCUCAUCCAAAUUUGGUGAAAUUGAUCGGAUACUGCUGCGAAGAUGAGCACCGUGUACUGAUAUAUGAGUACAUGGCUCGGGGGAGUGUGGAAAACAAUCUUUUUUCAAGAGUUUUGCUUCCUCUUCCAUGGUCAAUUAGAAUGAAAAUUGCAUUUGGUGCUGCAAAAGGACUUGCUUUUCUCCAUGACGCCGAGAAACCUGUCAUCUAUCGUGAUUUUAAAACAUCUAAUAUUCUAUUAGACCUGGACUAUAAUGCAAAGCUCUCUGAUUUUGGCCUUGCAAAAGAUGGACCGGAAGGGGAUAAAUCUCAUGUCUCUACUCGCAUAAUGGGGACAUAUGGAUAUGCAGCGCCGGAGUAUAUCAUGACAGGCCAUCUGACUCCUAGGAGUGAUGUCUACAGCUAUGGAGUUGUUCUUCUAGAACUCCUCACAGGAAGAAAAUCUUUAGACAAAUCCCGACCAGCCCGGGAACAAAACCUUACAGAUUGGGCUCUCCCUUUGCUUAGAGAGAAGAAGAAAUUGCCGAACAUUGUAGAUCCAAGAUUAGAUGGAGAUUAUCCGAUUAAAGGAGCUCAAAAGGCAGCCAUGCUAGCUUAUCAUUGCCUAAACCGCAACCCGAAAGCAAGGCCUCUAAUGAGAGACAUUGUAGAUUCCUUGGAGCCACUCCAGGUUGCUGAUGACUUAUUAUCAACUGAGAAAUGUACUUUCACUGUGAUUUGUGAGAGUCCAAAUGCAGAGUUUCAAAGAAAAGAAGAUGCACACUGUAACUGACAUGCACGUCGGGUUUUUUCUCAAGCUUCUUCUCCAACUUUGACAUAGUUUUUUAGCAUUAUGUAUUACUUUUCUACUGUGUAUCUGAGAAGAGAAAUAUGCAACAUUUUUUUUUUUUAGGGGUUAGAAUAUAUGGUCUACAGUUAUCAGCAGUUGGUUUAUAUGGGAAUACAUUACUAAUGAAAAAAGAAAUAUAUUUGAAAGAAAUUUGCUUC